AUGUCCGCUCCUUCUCUCACCAGCUACAUCGUCAAGCGCCCAUGGCUCAAGCGCUGGAUGACACCACUUGCUCAGUGGUACACCGAUGCCGCGGGCUACAGGAGACUCGGAUUGAGAUUCGAUGACCUGAUUCCCGAGGAGAGCGAUGUCGUCCAGACUGCCCUCAAGCGUCUUCCUCCCAAGGAGGCCUACGACCGCGUCUUCCGUAUCCGCAGAGCUUUCCAGUGCUCCGUUUCCCACACACUUCUCCCCGCUCACGAGCAGACUAAGCCCGAGGAGGACGUCGAAUACCUGAGCCCCAUCAUCCGCGAGAUUGAGAAGGAGCAGAAGGAGCGUGUGGAUCUCGACUCCCUCGUUGUCAGACGGUAG